CUGGGCGGCCCGGGCGCUGAGGCAGGUGAUUGUCUUUGGGUGGAGCUGUGCGUCUUGCCUCGCUGGCGGCCAAACUGCGGUCGACCCUCCUGCGUCACCGCGGAGCGAUCCGCAGCCGAGUUCAAAGGGCACAAGCCCUGCCCUUCAGCCCGCCAGCGAGAGCGCAGCUGCAAUCUUUAUCAGGUGGAGGUUCGGCCGGGAGUCGGACACUGCAGCCUUGGUCCGCCUGGGAAACACUUUCUUCUGCUGGAGCUCGCCCCAAAGACCACAGCCACCAUGCCGAAGACGAUCAGUGUUCGUGUGACCUCGAUGGAUGCAGAGCUGGAGUUUUCCAUCAAAACCAACACAACAGGGAGCCAGCUCUUUGAACAGGUUGCCAAGACCAUUGGCCUGCGUGAGAUGUGGUACUUUGGGCUUCAGUUUGUUGACAUCACGGGCUCGAUCACAUGGCUGAACCCUGAUAAGAAAGUUUUGUCUCAGGAUGUGAAAAGAGAGGUCCCCCUGCAGUUCAAGCUCAGGGUCAAAUUUCACCCCGAGGAAGUGGCCGAAGAGCUGAUCCAGGACGUCACCAGGAGGCUCUUCUUCCUCCAGGUGAAGGAGGACAUUCUGGCAGAGGAAAUCUAUUGUCCUCCAGAGACCGUCGUGCUGCUGGCAUCCUACGCUGUCCAGGCAAAGUUUGGAGAGUACGACAAGUCAGUGCACCAACAUGGAUACCUGUCCUCCGAGCGGCUGCUCCCCAAGAGAGUGCUGGAACAACACAAGCUGUCAAAGGAGCAGUGGGAGGAGAGAGUCCAGGUUUGGCACGAGGAGCACAAAUUCAUGCUGAAGGAAGAAGCCAUGAUUGAAUACCUAAAGAUUGCCCAGGACUUGGAGAUGUAUGGUGUCAACUACUUUGAGAUAAAAAACAUGAAGGGCACGGAGCUGUGGCUGGGGGUGGACGCCCUGGGGCUUAACAUCUACGGCAAGGAUGACAAGCUAACUCCAAAGAUUGGAUUUCCUUGGAGUGAAAUUAGAAACAUUUCUUACAACGACAAGAAGUUCAUUAUCAAGCCGAUAGAGAAGAAAUCACCUGACUUUGUGUUCAAUGCUUCACGACUCCGUAUCAACAAGCGCAUUCUGCAGCUGUGCAAGGGAAACCAUGACCUGUACAUGCGCCGCCGCCGCCCCGACACCAUAGAGAUCCAGCAGAUGAAGGCCCAGGCCAAAGACGACAGGCUGCAGAAGAAGAUGGAGAGGGAGCAGCUGGAAAAAGAAAAGAAAAAGAGGGAGACCAUUGAGAUGGAGAAGCUGCAGAUGGAGAGAGAAAAGCAGGAGCUGAUGAUGAAGCUUCACGAGUAUGAAGAGACAACCAAGAGAGCAGAGAGAGAGCUCCAGGAGCAGCUGGAACGGGCCAUGAGGCUGGAGGAGGAAAGGAGGAGGGUGGAGCAGGAGGCUGCCCGGCUGGAGGCUGAGAGGAUGGAGGCCAUAAUUGCCAAAGAGGAGCUGGCCAGGCAAGCAGAGGACCAGUUAAAGAGCCAGGAGCAGCUGGCUGCUGAGCUGGCUGAGUAUUCUGCCAAGAUCGCGGAACUGGAGGAGUCCAAGAGAGAGAAGGAGGAAGAGGCUGAGUCAUGGCACACCAAGGCUGUGGAAGUUCAAGAAAAUCUGCUGAAGACAAAGGAGGAGCUGCACACUGUGAUGACCUCGGCUCCUGCCCCUGCCUCCUCCUCCUCCUCUUCCUCCUCGGACAGCGAGAGCGAUCACGAGCACAGUGAGGAGAACAGCACCCACAGCGCUGAGCUGCACUCGCAGGGCAUCAACGACCACCGCAAGGAGGAGGAGCGACUCACCGAGGCCGAGAAGAACAUGCGCAUCCAGAAACAGCUGAUGGCCCUGAGCUCAGAUCUGGCAGAUGCCCGAGAUCACAACAGAAAGACCCAGAACGAUCUGCUCCAUGCUGAGAACAUCCGAGCUGGUCGCGACAAGUACAAGACCCUCCGUCAGAUCCGUAUGGGCAACACCAAGCAGAGGAUUGAUGAGUUUGAAGCCUUGUAGGACACCAAACAACGACCUGA